AGAGUUGGGGCCAGAGGCGGAACUCGGGAUCUGACAAGAUGGCCGGGCUGCCCCACAGGAUUAUCAAGGAAACCCAGCGUUUGCUGGCAGAACCAGUUCCUGGCAUUAAAGCAGAACCAGAUGAGAGCAACGCCCGUUAUUUUCAUGUGGUCAUUGCUGGCCCUCAGGAUUCCCCCUUUGAGGGAGGGACUUUUAAGCUUGAACUAUUCCUACCAGAAGAAUACCCGAUGGCAGCCCCUAAAGUAUGUUUCAUGACCAAAAUUUAUCAUCCUAAAGUAGACAAGUUGGGAAGAAUAUGUUUAGAUAUUUUGAAAGAUAAGUGGUCCCCAGCACUGCAGAUCUGCACAGUUCUACUAUCGAUCCAGGCUUUGUUAAAUGCUCCCAAUCCGGAUGAUCCAUUAGCAAACGAUGUAGCAGAGCAGUGGAAGACCAACAAGGCCCAAGCCAUAGAAACAGCUAGAGCAUGGACUAGGCUAUAUGCCAUGAAUAAUAUUUAAAAUCGAUCUGAUCAUCAAGUGUGCAUCACUUAUCCUGUUCUGCCAAGACUUCUUCCUUUUUUGUUCGCAUUUAAUGGACACAGUCUUAGAAACAUUACAGAAUAAAAGCCCAGACAUCUUCAGUCCUUUGGUGAUUAAAUGCACAUUAGCAAAUCUAUGUCUUGUCCUGAUUCACUGUUGUAAAGCAUGAGCAGAGGCUAGAAGUACCAUCUGGAUUAUUGUGAAACAUUUA